GAACUAUCAAGGCAUACUACUAUCCGCCAGCACCACAUUCUUUCUGGCCAGCUACUCUCCUACAUCGAACUGCACACGUCCCUUACGAUGAUUUCCAAGUCGGCCCUCCAGCGCGCUGCGGUCGCGGCUCCCGCGCGCGUCUUGUUCGUCCAGCAGCAGUGCGUCCGCGGCGUAUCUGCCUGGUCGCAAGUCCAACAAGGCCCGCCAGACGCCAUCCUGGGCAUCACCGAGGCGUUCAAGAAGGACGCCAACACCAAAAAGAUCAACCUGGGUGUGGGCGCGUACCGUGAUGACCAGGGCAAGCCGUACGUCCUGCCAUCGGUCAAGACCGCGGAGCAGAAGGUGAUUCAGCAGAAUCUGGACAAGGAAUACGCGGGCAUCACUGGAGUUCCCGACUUCACGAAAGCGGCUGCUCUGCUCGCAUAUGGCCCAGACAGCUCAGCCAUCAAGGAGGGCCGCAUUGCCAUCACACAAUCCAUCUCCGGCACUGGUGCUCUGCGGAUAGGAGGUGAUUUCCUGCACCGCCACUAUCCAGGCGCAAAGACCAUCUACAUCCCCACGCCAUCAUGGGCGAACCACAAGGCAGUCUUUACCGACAGCGGUCUCGAAGUGAAGCAGUACCGGUACUACAACAAGGACACCAUUGGCCUCGACUUUGAGGGCAUGGUUGCAGACAUCAAGGCGAUGCCCAAGGGCUCUAUUGUCCUCUUGCACGCCUGUGCGCACAACCCUACCGGUGUUGACCCCACUCAGGAGCAGUGGAAGGCCAUCAGCGAUGCCGUCAAGGAGGGUGACCAUUUCCCCUUCUUCGACAUGGCUUAUCAGGGAUUCGCGUCUGGCGAUACCGACAAGGAUGCCUUUGCCCUUCGCUACUUCAUUCAGCAGGGCCACUACCCAUGCCUGGCUCAAUCUUUCGCCAAGAACAUGGGUCUCUAUGGAGAGCGUGUCGGCGCCUUCUCCAUCGUCACAUCGUCGCCAGAGGAAAAAGUGCGCGUUGACUCACAGGUCAAGAUCCUAGUGCGUCCGCUCUACUCAAACCCACCAGUUCACGGUGCUCGUAUUGCGAGCGCUAUCUUGAACGACCCUGCAUUGAACAAGCAGUGGCUUGGUGAAGUCAAGGACAUGGCGGAACGCAUUAUCAAGAUGCGAGCUCUCCUCAAGAGCAAUCUUGAAAAACUCGGCAGCAAGCACAACUGGGACCACAUUACCUCGCAAAUUGGCAUGUUUGCCUACACUGGUCUGAAGCCAGAGCAGAUGACCAAACUCGCCGAAGAGCACUCGGUUUAUGCCACUAAGGAUGGACGCAUCAGCGUUGCUGGCAUUACGUCUGAGAACGUUGGUCGGCUCGCUGAAGCCAUAUUCAAAGUUACGAAUUAGGUCGCCAUACGACACGAAUGUUCCCACGAAAAAUUGAGUUUUGCUGCGAAGAGGAUGUGAUGUUGAGUGUCCAUUUACGCACCUGGCGCUUUUUUUGUAUCUAUGUAGCUGCAACCUACAUACGCUGCCAUGUAGCACUGUGCAGGGCUUCAGCACUCAGGCGCACAGCAGCGUGUCAAGGUUGCCUGACCCAUCCGGCAAGAGGAUAGAAAAAUCAGCGAUCUGUGUCAAGAUUGUAAUACUCGGGUAGAUAGAUAGUAAUCAGUGGGUGCCUUGAGAAGACUCUCAUGAGGCAUUGUUGAUGACGAGUCGUGAUGUACCUAGUCCAACAAAUACCUGUACCUUAUGCGCAAAGCAGCAGGCCAGCUCUAGGAGCAAGUGAAUUCGAGAAGAUGCGCCCUGCAAGUAGAAGGUGUGAGAUGUACC